AUGGACGACCCCGUCGUGACAGAAAAGCGGCGAUCUAGCAUCGAAAAGGCACCCGUCCAGGUCGCAGCCGACUCCGAUGCCUUCCAUCGACUUCCCGACGAGAUUAUCGAGCAAAUACUCCUCGCCGCCGAACCAAGCGAUUUCGCAUCUCUGGUUCUCCUCAAUAGCAAGUGGAGAGCAACAUCUCAACGCCCUCACCUUUACACACAUCAAUUGGCGCAAUGCCCGUCCUUUGCAACCUCACAUUCCCCGGUUCCCACCGCCGUAGAUGAGAAUCUGCUCGCACUUCGCCGCCUUUUUGCACGCGAGGUCAAACGAAACCUAUUCGAAGCUUAUUUGCGCCCCAAACGAACUUUGAUAAAGUUGGUGUCCAAUUCAAUCAGCUCUUCAUCAUGUCCUGGUGGGGAGGGGAUGCAGUUUGCCUCUUCACCCAGAGGCCAGCACCUUCUGGCAUACAACUCGUCGAGGAUUUACGUCAUCGAUGUCUGCAGCCCAACAGUCAACGUCAAACGGGAGUUUAAGAUUCAACGACGACCAGCUUCGGCCUGCAUUACUGAUGAUGCUCAUACUCUUGCUGUGCUGUCGAGUGAGAUGCAGGUCGAUAUUUAUGAUUUGACCCAGUCGCCACCACAUCGAGAGCACUCCCUGAUUUUGGACAACAAGCCACAGACAAUUGCAAUAUCCGCUUGCGGUGCCGUCCUUGCUGCUGCAUAUGAUGGAGGCAUCGAAGUGUCUUCCUUGAAAUCGUCCGCUCUGGCGACAGAAAAGAGAGCUGUCAAGUGUGACGCGGUUGACGCCUUGGCCUUUUCACUCGACGGGACCCAGCUUUUGGGCACCACGGUAAACUCAUCUCCGCCAUGCACUGUUGUUCUCACAGCACCGUACUAUGAUCCUGGUAGCCAGCUGUUGGAGGAAAAUUUGGGUGCCAUGUGGACUACCUCGAUCCUAUUUCCGAAUACGAGUCGUGACUGCAGUCAUGCCAUAUGGUUGCCCGAUGACGAACACGGAGAGCCCGAGUGGACAUUCACCUAUGACCGCAGCUUCGAAACCUUUCGUGCCGUGCGCCUCGAUGAUCUCCGAAAUGGGACGACUUAUUUCACUGGCCCGAUUCCAAAUGCCAAGUUGCAGACGAAGCUCUUGCCCUGUACUCUGCCCGCCACCACCUCCCAGGGAGAGCUGGUUUCGGCAGGUUUUCAGGGCAACGAGGUUUGGAUUUACGGCAUCCCCCAAGAUUUGGACGCGAUACCGGAAGCACCACCAGCAAGUCAGGAUUCUACGUCGAAUUCGAACUCGUCAGGACUAGGCAGGCAUAAUAGUACCCAAAGCAGCUUGUCCCGUCGCACUUCGAUACGGGGUCACGACGGUGCUGAAGCCGAACCGGUGCCUCAGUGGCAGGUCCUCUGCGACAAGCUGCGGAACAAUCUAGUUGCUGGAUUCAAGGUUGCCGAGUUAAGUGGCGUUGGCAGUGUCAAAUUGGUGACAGAUGAGGAGGACAUCGACUUUGUUGAUGGUGGGCGUAUUGUCUUGCUGGACUUUGAUUACGGCCUUGUGAAUGGGGAGGCUGUAGAAAUAACGAUUGAAGUGGGAACGGACAGUGCCGAGCCACUGGCCGAGGAACGACGUGAUUUAGAAACAGAGGUGGCCAUAGUCCGACGAAGAACCGUUGCCCAGAAGCGAGGAGGCAGUGCUGCUCUUCUCCGAGCAGCAACCACAGCCGCCGGACGAGAGCCCCUUCCUAGUCUAAUGCAGCCCGGCAACAAGGCAAACGACAAUGACGACGACGACCCGUUGGCCCCAAGGACGGUUGGACAACACCCCAUCAACCGCCGAACUGCAGCACCCACUUCGCAGUCUGAGGAAGAAUUUGCAUCCAUGGAGGAGCAGGAGGCUCUUGAUGCGCCCUACGCGCAUGCUAGCCCUCGGUCCGGUACAACUCUUCGUCGGGCAGCUACGGCCGCGGCUGUGAAUCGGCGACUAAAUCCUCGCACGGCGGAUGGUCGUCCUAUCGAGUAUCGUCGGGCCGACGGCCGUACUGAACAUCCUCACGAGAGCGAUGCCGACAACUGGGUGCCUCCUCCGCCCCCUUAUCAAAAAGAAGACCCUGGUGAUAUGCCUGUCUUUAUGCGUGGACCUCCGGUGGCGCCAAUAUCGGCUACGGACGACUCUGCAGAUGCGAAUAAAUUCCCACCUUCGGCGGGUGGUUCCACCGGCGAGACUCUCAAUAACUCUUUAACGUUAGCCCUGGAGCAGUCGGCCAAUGCAACCAGGGAUGGGACCCAAUACACGCGGGCUCAUCAUCAGCAUACCACAAGUGAGGCUACGGACAUUGACAGACUGCAGGUCCCAGAUGUACCUCGCCCGACAUCCUCGCCUUCUAUGCUAUCAGUUCAAGGAGACGACAUCUACGACGUGUCGCCGCCAGCUUCUCCACGCCUAUCGUCUGCGCACCCUAGUGAGCCUGCGGCGCCUCAGGAUCAAAUGCCGUCACCUGCAUCUCGCGGAAAUACGUCAGCUGCAGCCUCUUUUGAUACCGCCCCAUCCCAGCAAUGGACUGAGUUUUCCCCAGCGAUAUCAGCGGCUGCUCCCUUGAGUCCUGGUUCCAGCACUGGGCCCGGAGCUCGGCCCGGAGCGCCAAUAUUGGAACUGCGUAUCCCUACAUCUACGUUGAAUAUUAUUCCUGAGCCAGAAGCAGAGCCAGUUGUCAGGCGCCUGUCCAACGCCCGAACGUGGCCGAAGCAAGUUGAGCAGCCAGGAACACAGUCAAACCUGGGCCCAUCACAGCGGUUUUCUGGGCAUCCCUACACUGCUCCGCCUUUGCACGCCACUGCAAACGAUUUUGCAGCGGGUUCUCUUCCGCCCGCGCCGAGUUCCACUCAGAUUGCGAGCCUGAGCAAGAGAAUAAGUCAGGGCAAUCCUCGCCGACUGUCCGGCAAUAUUUUGAAUCCGCAGCUCUGGAUGGGCAAUGGCCGCAGUAUGAAUGAGCCCCUUGGCUCACCGUCGCAGAGCCAGCCCCCGGCCAUUCCUGCGGAUGAGGAAAGGGAAAGGUUUCAUGUUGCAGACUUUGAUCGACCUCUUAUCAUCAGUACACCAACCGGGGUUUCUGGAUCGCAUGAUCCGCCUGAACGGCGAGGGUCUUCUGCACACGCAGAAACGCCUAUACUUGCUCCAAUUCCACGACGGCCGCGACCUGCCAACUUCCCGAGGACGGGGGGGACUGCGCAGCAACUGGAGAAUAUUUACAACAACCAGCCUGCUCCGGCCUCAUUGCCUCCUCACAUGCGUUCAACUGCUAACGCCUUGCCCAUGUGGAUGAGAACCCCGUCAAACUCGUCGCGUAGAACGCCUAACAGCGUCAACAGACGUCGCAGCCGUGCGGAAAGAAGCGCAGCAAAGAAUGUGAAGGACGCCAAGAAGAAAGGGUGGAUGCCCAAGAAGAAGAAGAAGGAGUCUGUCCCAGACAGUGCCGGAUGGGUUGACAUAACCACACCAUCAAAGCCGAAGGAGAACAAAUGUGUCCUUAUGUGA